UUCUGCGCACACUCGUCUCACCACGAGUUUACGCUGAGCGCGGGAGCACCAUGACCCCCAAGGCCUGACUUCCGUUUCCGGGGUGGCAACGCGACUUCCGGCGGCGUGCCUUGAGCACGCCGGACUUGCAGAUACAGCGGCCGGAAGGGUCUGUCCUUGCAGCCGAGACAAUUGGGCCUUUUAGAAACAUUACCAUCAUGUCUGACACUCAAGAAGCUACCAACCAGCUCCUGGAUAUGACCCUUAAUGAGGACGAGAGGUCUGUGCCUGUAAUGGAAAGUGGCAUCAGAAUUGUGCCUGAGCCCCUCCAAGUCACCAUUGGAGCCACUGUACCUACUGGCUUUGAGCAAACAGCUGCAGAUGAAGUGAGAGAGAAAUUGAAGUCACCGUGCAGAGUCAGCAAAGACCGGGGCAAGAUAUAUUUUAAUAUUGCUGUGGAAAGUCUGUCUCAGGUUCAUUGUCUGAGAUCAGUUGAUAACUUGUUUGUGGUUGUUCAGGAGUUUAAAGAUUACCAGUUCAAAAAUACAAAGGAAGAAGUUCUAAGGGACUUUGAAGAACUGGCUGGAAAGCUUCCAUGGCCAGAUCCUUUAAGAGUCUGGCAAAUUAACACCGCUUUCAAGAAGAAGAAAGCAAAGCGCAGAAAGGCAAAUCAGAGUGUAAGUAAAGAGAAGGCUGACUGUGGACAAGGAGACAAAGAAGAUGAGAAAGACGGUAAGAAGAAGCUUGCCAGCAGCACCACAGAUUCACAUAUCUUGGACUAUUAUGAAAAUCCAGCCAUCAAAGAAGAGGUAUCAACCUUAGUAGGUGAUGUUUUAGCAUCUUGCAAAGAUGCAGCUGGUGAAAGCUUAAGAGAAGAAACUGAACCACAAGUACAGACGUUUAGAGUCACCUGCAACAGAGCAGGAGAGAAACACUGCUUUACAUCAAAUGAGGCUGCAAGAGAUUUUGGCGGUGCUGUUCAGGAGCAUUUUAAGUGGAAGGCUAAUAUGACCAACUUUGAUGUAGAGGUUCUCCUUAACAUCCACGACAAUGAAGUCAUUGUUGGCAUUGCACUGACAGAGGAGAGUCUCCAUCGCAGAAAUAUAACACAUUUUGGACCCACAACUCUCAGAUCAACUCUCGCCUACGGGAUGCUCAGGCUCUGUGAACCUAAGCCUACUGAUGUAAUAGUGGAUCCAAUGUGUGGAACAGGGGCGAUACCAAUAGAGGGGGCUACUGAGUGGUCUCACUGUUACCAUAUUGCUGGGGACAACAACCCACUGGCAGUGAACAGAGCAGCCAAUAACAUCUGUUCUCUAUUGACUAAGAACCAGAUUAAAGAUGGAAAGACACCUUGGGGUUUGCCCAUUGACGCUGUUCAAUGGGAUGUCCGCAGCCUCCCGCUGAGAACCGCCUCCGUGGAUGUGAUAGUGACAGACAUGCCAUUUGGAAAAAGGACGGGCUCUAAGAAGAGAAACUGGAAUCUCUAUCCAGCUUGCCUUCAGGAAAUGAGCCGUGUCUGUAGACCAGGGACAGGCAGAGCUGCACUGCUUACGCAGGACAAGAAAUGCUUUGCCAAGGCAUUAUCUGGAAUGGGACAUGUGUGGCGAAAGGUCCACACAGUCUGGGUGAACAUCGGGGGCCUUCAUGCUGCAGUUUAUCUUCUGAAACGCACGCCUCAAGCCUUUGUUCACCCUUCAGAACAAGAUGGACAAAGAGGCCAUCCUUGGUAAAGCAAGAAUGAAGACGGCUUAAUAGUAUUUGUAGUUCCUAACACUGGCAAUGUCAGCACACAGAACUUGUAACUAAGUAUUGCAUUGUGUAACUACUCCAGAAUGCUUUAUUGUAAGCAAGGUCACUGUAAUGGUAUUUCUGAGAAGCCUACAUUGCUUGGUUUCUAGG